AUGGUGGCGCUCAGCACCGUCGUCGCCGUGGCCGUGGUUGCCGCGGUGGUCGUCAUCGUCGGAACCGUCAUCGUCACCGUUGUCUAUGUGAAAAAGCGCCAGGACCGACUCUCGCUGGCGGUCGUCAGCGCCGGACAGGGCUAUGCCCAUGGGCUACAGAACUUCCCGACAGGAACACUCACCUCGCUUACGCGCGAAGAAGGUUCCUGUCUGCGACAGCAUGGACAACUUCCCUACGGCCGACAUCCAAGCGAAUGGGGUCUCUUGACAUCGCAUGAGACCCUCCCGUCGCCCAUUGAAUCGGAGCCGCUCUCCGAGAAACGCGCCCUCCGUCGCUCCUUUUCGUGGUCCCGGUCGAAACGGCAGCCCAAAAGACCUCGCCGAGGAAGCUCACUUACCCCAUUAAAGGAGUCCAACAAGGAACUAGUGCCUCCUACAGGCGUCCGCGGUCCCAAGGAGGAGGUUUCGGUGUCGGCGGUGGAAGGCGUGCUCGAGUUGCCCACCGAGACUACUCCACGACAAACCCCCGAACGAGAUGAUGAUACUCCCGCGGUUGAUGCCACCAUUCGCCCCAUCUCCGCCGAUGGCCAGAUGUAUAAUAAGCGAGAGCGCUCCAGCGGUCUCUUUCCCCUAUUCGAAGACAGCUUCGAGGGACAUGACGAGCGUCGAUCUCGAGGAGGGAGUAUCACAAUGCAAACCCCGGGGGCUGCGCCAGAACAGCCUGCUCCGCCUCCACCGGUGGCCUACCCUCCCAACCGCUUCCGUCUGUCUAAAAACGACUCCGCGCGCUUCUCCACACUAAGUCUCGAGACGGCCGAUAGCUCCAUCCUAGAUGAGACCAGAUACCCGUCAGGGGGGCUAGAGAGUGUCUUCGCCUCGCCUGCCCUACCGCCCUGUCCCACGUUCACGCCCUACAGCGCCAACGACGUGGGCCGCAUCGAGUAUGACGGGCGAAGCUUUGCGCCCCCAGCGGCCUUCCCAGCGCCGUUUACCUUCCCAGCAUCCCCAUCACGAGACUCUCAACGACAGGACCGGGAUCGUGCGGGCUCCCCACGUCGCAGUCAGACAGCACGCAGCCCUUCGCACUCUGUUGAACGAGCCAGUCCUCCUCGUCGCAGCGAGUCAUUCUCUACCAGUCACUCCCCACGACACGCCCGAUACAGCACGCAGGACUCCCCCCCUAUCCACGUUGCGCCGUUGAACGUGCCAAGGCGUAACUCCUCGUUGCUACGGCAGUUCAGCCAGAUGCAGCGGCAUUCCGUGUAUUUCAGCCACCGUCGAGACGGCAGUAAUGGCGACCCCUUCUACUCCGGCGGCACAUUCACUCAUCCGCAGGCCUCAGCCCGACGAUCCAACGGCUUCCUCGUGCAGGACGGCCUAUCCAAGGCGCCUCUGCCGUCGGCGCUCAAGAACGGCAGCGGUCCUCGCAAGGGCCACAGGCGGCAGAAUUGCGUCCGCAUCUCCAUCCACCCACCCAUCACCUUCGGGGGUCCGACCUUCUCGCCCAUGGCCGAGGAGCCCGAGGAGCUGGAGGAGCUCGCCACGACAAACCGGGGUAGCCUCGUGCGGCGGUCCGACCUCACGCUCGUCUCGCCUUUGAACUCCAGCGUCUCGUCCGUCUCCGGGGGCCGAUACAGCUACCAGGACGCCAGCCAGCAGCGUCACUCCGCCUACCACCUCCCGCCGUACGGCCAGCACCACCGCGCCGCAAGAAACAGCCGACCAUCCUCGUCGUACCGCAACCCCUCGUCGCAACGUCGACACCGCCGCACGCAGUCCGCCGACGCAAUGCCCACAAGUACAACCAGAGUCCCCAACAGCAACCGCAGCAGCACAAACACCAACCCGCACCAUAGUACCACCACCAUCAAAUCCCUGCCUGACCUCCUGACCAGCCUGCCGCCAACAACGGUCGCCAGCCUGUCCAGCACGCCGUCCCCCGAGAAGAAACCGCCCGUCUGGAUGGCCCCGCCGCCGCCGCUCCCAAACAACACCUACGCCAGCUCGCCCACCACCUACGAGAACGCCAGCCCCGGCAGUCCACGCCGCUCGGCCGUCAAGGGCCCGCGCAAUCAGCCCGGCAAGUCGACGCCGCGGAGUAGCGUGCGCUCGAUACCCCCAGACGACGGGUUCAAGGCGUCGUCUGCCCCGACAGGGGGCGCAUGGGGCGCAGACGCCGGCGCCCAGAGCAUGAGCCGCGUCUCGGGCAUGUCCACUGACUCACUGCACCGCGCGAAAUCCGUCGGAGCGUCGACGGCGCCGGGUGAACCCCGGGAUCCGCACAGCGGCAGCAUGCAGAGCCGGAAGAUCAUGCCGAUCUGGGAAGACGCAAAACUGGAGCGCCAUCCCACAACCAAGUCGACGGUGUCAAUUGUGUCGCAGGUGGACGGGCCUGCGGAGCUCCAGGGCGAUGUGCAGCAGAAGCGGACUCCGGCACGGAAAUCGCGGCAGUUUACGACGCCCAAGAAGGCGAUCGGGCUGGGGAUUGGGGCUGCCACGCCGGGGAGUUUGUAUGAUGUGGAUGGGUUUUUGAAGGAGUAG